CGCUCCACAAAUCGAACCGGACGCCACCAAUUUCUUGGUUUGCUGCUCCUCCUCCUCCCCCAAAAGAGGCAUAACAACAGCUCAUCGAUCCCCUUCCUCCGCCUCCCGCCGCCGUCGUCGCCAUGCCGGGGAUCCAAGGAACCACCAGCCCUGGCCACUUCCUCUCUUUCGACGACGACGACGGCGGCUUCGGCGACUUCAAGGUCGCCUCCGUGAAUCACCCUUUUCCAUCCCGACCGCAGCAGGAUGAUGAUGAUGACGAUUGGGGCGAUUUCAUGGUUAGCCCGAUGGGAUCCAAUGGCCCGGUCGGAUCCCCCUCCCCUCCGCCGUCCAUCUUCGAUGCAUUCCCUUCCGACCCCGCGCCCGGCGACAAGAUGCCAUCUAAGGGGGCUAAGCUGUGGGAGAAACCCAGAGGGGCGCUGCCGCUCUCGAUCUUCGGGGAGGAGGAGGCGGACGAGCCUCAGACUAUCGAGCCGCCCGUUAUCUUCUCGCCUUCUUUCUCUUCUUCGGGUCCGGCCAAGGAUCGGAAGGGAGUCGUCGUUGGUGGAGAGCUGAAGGAUCUGAUCACCAGUCUCUAUGGACAGGCUCCGCAACCGGAGGGCGGUCAGAAGACCGGCUCUUCUUUGGGGGAGGCGAAGGAGGAAGAUUCAGACGAGAGCUCCUGGGAAUUCAAGGAGGCCUCUUCCUCUCCCAAUUCCACGCUCAAGGAAGAUGAGAAGUUUGGGUUCGACACAACUGCAGCUUUGGAUUUUGGCAAUGUCGAGGAAGCAAAUGGUCAGACUGGUGUCGACAGUAAUGGGGGAGAGAGUACCAAAUUCAGUGACAAGAAUGUGAAUGUUCAACAUAAAAUAAGCAAUUCAAAAAAUGGAGUUCAUUGGUUUUUUAGCAAUGAAGCCUGGGAAUUCAAUAACGGUUUUCCUGAGAGUACAGCCACAAUAACUUCAGAACAACAGAAUGGUGAAAAACUGCAGAUUAAAAAUGCUCAAUUAAAGGUCCUAGAAUCCACCAAUGCGAUUAAGGCUAAUGGUAGCAUCUGGGAAGCUGUUGACCAGCCAAUUCAAUCCUAUACUAACUUCAAAAAAGAAACCUAUGAAAGGCCUUUGAGUCAUCAAGAUGAAUUUUCUUUUGAGCUCGAUAUUGUAGCGAACACAACCAAGGAUACAAUUUCUGUUCCAAUUCAUGAAGUGAACAAAAACACUCAUGAUAUGUUCAUUGAUGUUGGCAAUGACAAAACAGUUUUCGCAACUGAAGCCACAGAGAAUGAAAGUGAGAUAUAUCAAAGAAAUCCAGAUGAGUUUACCUUCAAUUCUGUCGUAGAUUUUUACUGCAGAUUGAAAGACGAAUCAAUAUCCUUAUUGAAUUGCCAUCUUGAUGAUAUGAAGAAAUCCUAUGAUGUUGCUUCUCUUUCUGGUGAUCGAGUAAAAGCAGCAGAAAUAAAUGAGGAAAUCAAGGAAGUUUAUAAGAAACUAGAGGAAGCCAAGGGUUCUGGAAAUGCUAGUGUGGGAAAGCAACGAUCAAUGGAACAAUGUGUUAGUCAACUGCUUAAAGCUUUAGAAGAACUGAACUUGCAAGCUUUUGAGCAAGAAUAUCACCUGUCAGAAAGAAUAAUUUCAGCAGGGAAAAACUUAAGUGCAGCAAUCAAAUUUCUUGAACAUACCUCCUCGGUUCUCCAUAGUCUGCUGUUAGCAUCCUUGGAGGAACAAAAAGCUUAUAUUCAUGCAUGGUCUGACAUGGCUGCGGCUUGUGUUGAAGAGUUGUUGCAUGGUGCCACAAUAUGGCAAGAGUCGGUUCAAUCACAAGCCUUUGCGCAAAUAUUAAGUCAAGAAUCGAACUAUUUCAUCGCCCUAGGAGAGAUUCAUAGAGUUGCGGAAGUACUAGGAGCUUCAUUGAAAGUCUAUAAGCCUUGGUUACUAUUAAACCAAGGCAACUACUCGAGCAAGUUAUUAGCUAGCUUGGACAAGUGUGCUGAGGCAUGGACUCUGUACGGACUCGAAGAAGCUGUUAAAACCAUUUCUGAGUCCCACAAUGUCGAACAUGCUCGUCUAGCCAAAACACUCCUUGCAUCCAUUAAGAUCAUUCAUGAGCUUGAUCUCUCACGCCAUUCAUUUUCUGAAGGCAAAAAGAUUUGCAGAAUAUCCUUAUUGUCCACAGAAGAACUAAAAGACCUGAAAAUGGAGCAAUGGCAUGAGAAAUGCUAUUUUGUGAAGCUUGCCAAUCUCUGGGCUAAUAGGGUAUGUUAUGAACCUCCUCAGUUGCCAUACUUACAUGUCAGCUAGGCGGAGAAUAUAGAAUGGGAUUGGACAGGAGUUUCUUGACUGUCGAAGGCGAUAGCUGCUGCCAAGAAUGAUCUCGAAAGAAUUCUCGGAGCGCUGGAGGAUAUUCACUUGGCAUUCAACUCAAUGACCAUUUCGCAGCAUCAACAUUCCUGGACGAGGAAGAGUAAUGGUUAAUGCAACCUCGAGUUUAUCCGUUUAUAUCCUUACCCUCAGCUCUUCCUCUCUGUUUUGUGAUCUAUAAUCUGUAGAAAUGUCUGGCGCGAUUGCAAUCUCGAUCUUUUUCUUUCUUUUUCAUUCUUUUAGAUAAAUGAGAAGAACGAUGCAGUGGCACAAAGCUAGUAUAGUAUUGGGCAAAUAGAGGCAUGAAUGGCUCAUUAGAAUUUGCCAUGUUUUUUUCCCGGGAUACGCCAUUUUGAAAGAAAUCAAUUUCAUUCCCCUCUUUAUGAAAUUUUUAUUGGUUUACCAA